AAACCUGUAAGUUCAUGGAGUACUGGAUCAGAGCUUAUGCCAUAUCAUUCCGUUUAUACACCAUUCUGUCAUCAUGAUACCUCCGAAUUCCGUUAAUUUUGAUCGAAAUAUAUAGAUAAUCUUCUUUAUCCUGGGUUUCGCCCGAAAAAGAAAUUACCCGAAAAUUGUUCAUCUGUCCAUGGUUAAUACAUGCAAACCAAAAGUGUAAAAUGAGCCGGUUCGGGAAAAAAUGCAAUUCCUGAUAAGGCGGACUAUAAACAUGCAAACAUAUGUAAGUUCCGUUAGAAGACUUUUGAUUCUUUCAUGAACAUUGCUAAAAAGCCUUGACUUUCGUUUUGUGACAUUAUGAAUACCCCCAUACCCUCGGUGUAUAGCAAAUCUAUUACUUUAUACUGCGAACACCCUGUUUCGAACAGCUGUUGUAAUGCGUUUGUGCAACACUAAACACGGAAAUGACCAACCCCAUUGCAUUUCUGUGCAUAACCGUUAAAGUAUAGUCACUUCUCAGCGUAUUGUGAAAAUUAUUGCACUCGCUUAUAAAUUUAAAUUACGACAAAUCAGUGAAAUUAAAUGCAUUAAAUUGUAAAACUAUGUGGUUGCCGAAUGAAAAAUUAACAGUGUCAACUCAGCUACUACAAUGCUUCAUAUGGAAUAUCCACACCAAGCCAUCUAUGCACCGUUAAAUCAGGUGAUUACAGAUUCGGACGAGGAAUCUGAGGAGGAAAUACAUAAUAGCACGAAACAUCCAAAGCAUCAGCUAUACCACCAAAAACAGGUGCAUCAAAACGGAAGUGUUGUUGGUAAAAAAGAACCACCCAAGAGUCUUGCACUGCGACAAUUGCAGAGCAACUUGAAUACAGCACAUUUCACGCAUAACGACGAUUCGCUUUCAUCAACAAAUCUAAGCAACCAGACAAUCAAUAACCAAACCAGAUCAGGACCACAGCCCAGCAGUUACACGACCAACAUGCAGAACACUUUUAGAUCCGUCAUGAUGUCCGAUAUUGGCCUGAAUGAUCAGGCCAGCAGUUUCUCAAGCUUUAACAGCGACUACGAUGAGCGCAAUCAUAUUGAUGCAGAUAAUGUAGCCAUUUUGGGACGUGGUAGCUUAAAGGAUCUUAGCACUCAUGAGCCUAUGUCUCCGGCGCGGCGUUGUUGUUUUAUAUCAUCACUGCUUUUAUGCGUGUUUGCCAUAUUCGGUUUCGUGUGGCUGGUGCCCUGUAAUGAAACAUGUCCUGCGCCAGUAGAUCAAGUACGCACACACAAUUGGUUGAACAACUAUACGAAAAUCGAACUGAAGGGUGGUGUACACAUUGUCGGCGGAUUGCGAAGUUGGGAGAAUAAUUUAAUAUUCUUGUAUCGUGGCGACGCCUUUUUUCCCAAUAAUAAUAAUGCAAAGCGUAACGGUAUUAUCUCGUUAAUAGGCAGUUCGGGUGCUGUAGCCUGGUACGAUGAGAUGGUAGACGAACCUGUUGCUAUCGAUUGCACGCUGAUAGACGUAGAUCGGAAUGGACGUUCCGAUUGUUUGGUACUAGAUGAGUUUGGUGAAUUGAGCGCCAUCGAUCCCAUUUCAGGCGAGUGGCACUGGCAUUACAAAGAACGUUCGCCACACAGAGUAGAUGCUUUGGACUUUCCAGUGAUUUUACCAGAUUUAGAUGGUGAUGGUGUUCUGGAGAUAUUAAUGGUAACCAGUGUACCAUUCGAGCUGCGUACACGUAAUCUUGUGCACAAAGGUGAACUACGCGCUGGUAAUCAUCGUGUGGAGGAAAGAAAUCUCUUACGUAUACUAUCUGGGCGUAACGGCAAGCCCAUUGGUGAUGGCUUUAAGUUGCAAGACUGUGACGUGGUGCAUAAGCUGCAGUUGAAGAAUCCUGAAAAAAUAACCUUUAACUGUUGGCGCAAUAAUACAGAAGCGCAACGUUCGAAAACCUUAGCGGAUUUAUUUGCGCUUAUAACGAACAAAUCUAUUGCCACUGGCCAGAAGUUAUUGCCGGCAUCGAAAAUCGCACAACAUCGCCACUACGGGCAACGUAAGGAAAUCGAUGCCCAGCGCAACAUUUACUCGCUAAGUGGACGCGAACUGGUGGUGGAGAAUCGCGGAAAAUGUCCGGAUGAUUGCAAUGUCACAUUCGUGCUUCGCGAGACACGCAACAACAAAACUACUGUGCUGCGAAACUUUACAAAUUCGGCAAUGUAUGGCAUGGUGCCAGCGCAAUGGCAUUUCAAAAACACUGAUAAAGAAAAGUCAGGCUUUGUAAUCAAGUUUUGGAAGUGGAACAACCACAAAGAAACGCUUCGUGGACCAAUCAAAGAGGAUGCGACCGGGAAUGCAUACUCUACGCGCACUAACCAGGCUGCAUAUGCAAGUAAAAAGGCCAAGUCUCAUGUGGGCAAAGAGAAUACUACAAAAACAACGAAGCAGAAUCAUAUCACAACAAAUAAAACAAAACGACAAAGUGGGAAUGAGAAACUACACAAUGACCAGCAGCUGGUGCAUGAGUUUCCCACAAACACGUUCAGUGCAUUCGACCAUCUCAUACAGAAGAGGCACACAUACACGCUACCCCUUGCGGAGCAUAAUGUAACACGCGUACGACGCAGCAGCAGCAGCAGUAAUUUGCUGCUCAAUAAUUACAAAAUGCAAAUGAUUACAGAAACUGUAAUGCUGGUGAUUUUCGUGGGCGCUGAAUAUCGCAUCGAAAAUACCUCGCAGAGCAAUAUUGUGCAAUUUUGUCGCAAUGAUCAUAAUGAAGUCAUCUGCCAGCCGGAUUUGAACAAUCAGGAGAAUUCGAUGCUAAUAGCCGAUUUCGAUUCGGAUGGGUCACAGGAAUUGGUUUCAUAUUCUUCAACAUUUACACAGCACGGCGAGGAUCCGGAAGAUUGGAAAUUAGUCACUUAUGUGCGAUUGUUGAGACUACAAGCAGAGCUGCCCGGCAUCUAUGGCGAAAAGCAACUCGAUUAAAACAGUUUAUAUGUGAUUCGAUUUUAGUUUUGAUGAUAGUGAAGAGGGAAAGUCAUUUUGUAGCCAAUGUUAUAAAUACUCGUACAUAUAAGUACACAAACAUACAUUUGUAGUAUAUCCAAUUGUUCUCAUAUAUAUUUUAUAAGUAUACCAAAUUAAAAAUCUAUAUAGUACAUUAUAUACACAUAGCAAAUCUACUAGUUGACUACAUAGUAAAUACGCUUUAAACAUACAGACAUAACAUAUAAAGGAAAAUAAGCCGGUAGGCUUAUUUUAUAGACAUACGACGACAAUGCUACAAUAAGUUGUCCUCAGCAGAAUAAUUUAUAUCAAAAUAACCAAACGACUUGUGUAAAUAUUUUUCCAACUUCUCCUAUGUAUGUUAUAUUAUACAAAAGCGAUUCAAUUUGAAUCAAACACGCAAUAACUUCAAAGAUUAUUAAAAUUCGCAUACAUAGCUAGCACUGUCGUCGUACGUCGAACUACUUGACCUAAACUAUUGUAUUUACAUAAUUACAUACAUACAUAAUUAGCGAAUCAAUCUAAAUAUUACCAAAACUUUUUCAAAUAAACGUCGCUCCAAAGUUAUUUAACUU